CUUACUCUCUCAAUCUACCACAUAUCAAAGCAGUAGUCUCUUAUUCUACGGUGCACACGCAACAUACACGUACAAUUGAAUCUUUCAAGUUUGUCACACAGUAUCCCUCCCCCGACGUUUACGGCAGGCUUUUAUCCCUCCUUGUGUGACAAAUGAUUGAAAGCUCUUUGCAUUCUGCAUGGCAGCAGCAUCACAAGUGAAAGGUUGGUGACAUGAUGCGACUUGAUUAUCAGCGGAGAAAAAAGGAAAAUCAGUAGUUUUCUUGCCUCUGUCACCCUCAUGUUUUUUUGCUCUCGAUCGUCAGUGACAGGAAAGGACUAUUGUGAUCAGCACGACUGCUUCCAGUACAUGAUCUGCAUACUACAGGAUCUCUCAACGACAGAGUGAAUAGAAUCACACGAGGGAGGCCUACAUACUGUACAUGUACUGAACGUGUCUGUACAUCAGGUUGUUCUGAUAAUUUGCAGGUGGAUGCAUUCGAUCUGUCAUCUUAGACAGUAGGGGUGUGUCCUGUGAGUCUGGCCAGUAAAAAAAGUGAAGAGAUGCACAUUCCGUUUGUGUCUACAGUUGAAAAGUCCAUGACAUCUGCCAAGUACCGAUAACAGCAACAGCACUUCACUCCCUCCGUCCAAGGUCCUAAAAUCUGCACUUGAUAGUGUGUGAGCUACCACAGGACUGCUUAGUCGCAUCACCAAAAAGAUUCAGUUAGACGUGAAACAACAUCAGCUGGGUCCACGCGGGACUGGACGAGAAAGACAAAAUGGCUGCCAACAGUACUAGCGUCCAUGUUUCUGACACUCAGACAUGGGAGAAGAACAAGAAAACCACAGUGUACAAGGUUGUCGUGGUAACAGGAGGUAAGACGUGGUUCAUCUUCAGAAGAUACAAUGAAUUCCACAAGCUGUAUGAGAUGCUUAAGAAGAAGUUUCCAGAGGCUGACUUCAAGUUGCCUGGGAAGAAACUCUUUGGCAACAACUUUGACCCAGAGUUCAUCCGACAGCGACGUGAAGGGCUCCACGACUUCAUCCAAAAGAUUAUCACAAAUCCAAAGAUUCUGAAACUACCAGACGUUCAAAACUUCCUGUCCUUAGAUGACCCUCGCAUCAACUCAGACAACAAUGUCAUUGAUGAAAACAAUACAGAAUACUUCAGCGAUCCCAAAGAUCCAAAUACAAUCAACCUGGGGCCAUCUGCAAAUCCCUCGGCAAGACCAAGCGACUUUGACUUUCUGAAAGUCAUUGGGAAGGGAAGUUUUGGCAAAGUGCUCCUAGCAAAACACAAGCACCUGGGCAAAGUGUAUGCUGUAAAGGUGUUGGAAAAGAAAGCUAUUAUGCAAAGAAAUGAGCAAAAACACAUCAUGGCUGAAAGAAAUGUCCUCCUGAAGAACCUCAAGCAUCCCUUCCUCGUCUCUCUUCACUACUCCUUCCAAACCCCUGACAAGCUGUACUUUGUUCUUGACUACAUCAAUGGUGGUGAGCUGUUCUUCCACCUGCAGAGAGAGAGGAAUUUCCCAGAACCAAGGGCUCGAUUCUACGCUGCUGAAAUUGCUAGUGCAAUUGGCUACUUACAUUCCCUGGAUAUUAUUUACAGAGAUCUGAAGCCAGAGAACAUCUUGCUUGACAGUGAAGGUCAUGUUGUCCUGACAGACUUUGGUUUGUGCAAGGAAGGCAUUGAAGCUAAAGGCACUACCUCCACAUUCUGCGGAACACCUGAGUACCUUGCCCCGGAAGUCUUGAGAAAGCAGGAAUACGAUCGCAGCGUCGACUGGUGGUGCUUAGGUGCUGUACUCUAUGAAAUGCUCUCUGGACUGCCGCCAUUUUACAGCCGAGACACAGCUGAGAUGUAUGACAACAUUCUCCACAAACCACUGCGAAUGAAGAGCAACUUCUCUGCACCAGCCAAGUCCAUCUUGGAGGGAAUGCUUCAGAAAGACCGUAAGAAGAGACUUGGUGCUGGAGUCGAGGACUUCAAAGUAAUCCGUAACCAUGAGUUCUUUGAUCCUAUUGACUGGGAGCAGCUAGAUGGCAGAGAAAUCACACCUCCAUUUAAUCCUAGUGUCAGCAGCAGUAUGGACACCAAGAACAUUGACCCUGAGUUUGUUCGUGAGCCCGUUCCUCAAUCAGUGGGUCGGUCCAUUGAGCCACACAUGGUGAGUGCUAGUGUGCAAGAAGCAGAUUCCGCUUUCACAGGAUUCACCUACGUCCCACCAAGUGAAGCGUUUGAUGACUAAAACAACUCAGUAUUUUGCUCCAUCAAACAAGUGUCUGCGCCCAGCUUAGGUAACGUAUUUGGUAUGCUAAAACAGAAGCAUCCUAUCGGGAGUGAUUUGAUAAGAUCGUAAUCUAUUGAUUUACUGUCAGUUGAAAUGUUAACUGUCAAUGCGUUCGUGCUUCCAGCAAUCCCAGAAUGCAUUGCUUGCCAAAUAUUGAAAUCCAUUGUGCAUUUCAAUCAAAGCCUCCAAUAGAAAUUUUCGGAGAUGUACCGGUAAGUUUUGUAGUAAGUAGAAUUUUGAUUUAAACGGAGGCGUAGGAUGAAGAUCCUAUACUGUGUGUUGUCACAGACUCUUGGGAGGAAAAGAAAUAACUGGAGCAGAGGAAUGGAUGGCCGGUAUGUUUCACUGAGUGAUGAGUUGCUGGUAAUAUAACCAGACUCCCAAAAUGCUGUUUGAGAUAUCUCAUAUCUCAAGAAAAAUAUUUUAGCCAGUGUGUUCAAUAAUGUGUGCUCGUUUAUUUUCCAUUCAUCUGUAUUCUAAUGUCAGGUGUCAAUUGUACACAAAUGUCAGUGCUAUGAAUUAAAUGCAUUGUCAAAUUUGUAUGUGACAAGAUUUUUUUUUCAAUUCUUGCAGAGUGGAUAAUAUUUAUUUUUUUGUUUCAUUCUUGUUUCUGUUACAUGCAGAAAUAUUAUAAGUUUGUAAAAAUGAAAACUAGAAGAGAUUUAAAUUGUAUUUAACUCGUUUGAAAUUUGAUAGGAUAUGGGAUAUUGGAAUUUCGAACCAAUUACAUGUACAUGUAUUCCAGUUGAUUGAUAACAUCUUAUGUUUCAAUGCUGCCAGUUUCAAUGAUUUUUGGAUUUUUUACAUCUUUAAAAAAUCAACCAGAAAAUAACUAAGGAAAAAAAUCUGUAUACAGUUGCUUAAAGAGGUAUAUUCAGUGAAAUGUUAAUUAGUGAAGAAUACCUCAGAGUCUGCAUUCCACACUCUACGUACUUUUACUGAGUUUUGCCAAAUCACUGAGUGAUUUUUCAACUCGUCGUUAUAUUAGUUGCUAAUAAAGGAAGCUCAAAGAAACUGCACAAUUGUUCUUAGGUAUAGAAAAUGAAAUUGGUAUUCUUUCAUUUGUACCAGUGUUACAGAAUUAUAAGUUCUUUCUUUUUGAGAUUUGAUUUGCUGAUAGAUAUUAAGUCUGUUAAAAUUCUGAUAAGAAAGUUCCAACUUUUUUGUUGAAGCACGGUUUAGUUAUAUAUCGCUUUGUUAAUCUUUUGGAUCCAUUUCUUUUCAAUAAUUUGCAAGAAACUUUGCACCUUUAUACUGUAGCUCUGCCUUUUGUUUGGCUCUUUGGUGUCACACCAAGUACUCUUUCCGGAACAAAUGAUAUCCAUAGUUCAAGAUGAGGCCUUAGGCAUUUAGUUAUUAGAGUUUUUGUUAAUGUUUUCUUUGGUUUAAGUUCCAUGAAAAGUCACAUUCCUAUCUUGAGUAUUCAUGUGGAAGGAUAGGUUUCAGAUAAUGGCCAGUGAAUAUUCAUAAUUUCUUGUUUAGAUUUGAAGUCAAUUUUAAAGAAAACCAUCUUGAAUUUGUUUUGUUUAAGACUCUGAAAGUUUAGAAGAUUUUAUGCACUGUUCCAACACUAAUGAUCUCCUUUUUCACAAAUGGGAUAAUCAUGUAACAAAUCUUUAAACUUAUGAUGCCCUGCUUAUAAAAGUGUUGCAUUCCAUUGUAUAUGAAUAGUGUAAAACUUUACCCCUUCAAUCCUAAAGCUAAAAUGUUCAAGGACCAAAUUAAUGUGAGGAAUUGGACUUGUAGCAUUCCACAUAUGGCAGCUUGUAUGUGACAAGAAGCUUGUGUUCUGCAUUGAUUUUGCAGGAUGACAUAUCACCCAUUCUUUUCAAAAUGCACAAUUCUCUGGAAAUCUGUUGACUACUAGUACCUUAAACAGUUAAACUCAUCAAUAUUCAGUUUAGCAGAAAGUCUAAGUAUUCUUUGAAAUGUAAUCCUUUAUGUUGUUUAGGUGGAAGUUCUAGACCGGCUAGAUAAGUUAAACAUGCAUAUCAAUACUUGGAAAAAUGACAAGAUGUUAAGUCAAACAUGUGCCAAACAAAUUUUACACACCUUUUUGAGAUUCAAAUUAGAUAACUAUCAAUUUAUAAUGUGGCACUAAAAAACCUGACUAAUUAGUUUGACAGUGAAAAAUUUAGCCUUGCAAAUACAGGUGUCAGCUUAAUGUAUGCAAUGUACAUGUGUUGCUUUUCAUUGAUGUUCAGCUACACAUAUGAGGCAACUUGAUAAAAGUGUGUACAAAACAUCUUUAAAUUUUUUUUGUGAUUGACCCGUAAAGUGGACAUACUUUACUCUCAUAUUAAGUUGUAGUUGUAUAUGUACAGUUGAUUCUUUAAUUGUUUGCAUUUAUGCAUUACUUUGAAGUAACAGAAACCAAAGACAUUCCAUUAUGUACCGGUAGACUUUCAUUUUAUAUUCACUUGCAAAAUAAAAUUUAGGACGUAUGAACUACGCCUAAUGUACUUGAAUUGGGCUAAAAUACCAUCGGGUGGAAAUUCAAACAGAAGUCUUUUAUGAUACACAAAAAUUCUCUUUUGUCCUAUAAAUUUUACUUUUAAUUUCAUAUCGUCAUAACAUUGUGUUUCCAAUCUCUGCGAUGUAGAUACAUGUAUGUUGUGCUCUGGUGAGAUCAUACAUGUACUUCUCUCUAGAAUAAAACUGGUUAAAGACUUCCUAAAGAGAAUCAGCAGAAAGAUAAAGUGAGUAAAAAAACGAGGAUGUUUACGUCGUGUGCCAUCUUAGCUGUAUCAUGUGGCUUUUCGAUGCAUGUUGCACGUUUGAUUUGUAGUAGCCUGUACAUGGUAAGCAUGGUGUCUUUGGCAAAUGUGGCGGUGUACUUGUUUUCCUCAGAAAUCGUUAAAAACAUUAAUAAUUUUAGUUUCUGAGAAUAUGUGAGAAAUGUAAAGCUGUUUGCUUUUUGGAAAAGAUAUAAACUUCAGUGAAUGAUAGGUCUAUGUACAGGUUUCACGCCGUAACUGGGACGUGAAACGUACAUGCAAUGUUUAGCACGUUAAGGCCUGUAGUGUAGGCCUGUCAAAUAACAUUAAAAAAUCCUCACCAUCGUGUAUGAAAAACUUAUACUUACAGCAGUUGUGAAAAUGGUAGAACAGACACAGGAGUGUAGAAAUGCCAGAAAGCGUUUUAUCUGUCGUUCUAAGCCAACGGCGAAAGAGGAAAAUUUGGAAAAUUCCGACCAAAGAACUGUCAUAAAUUCCUUCAGUGAUAACGCAGUACCAUCUUAGCUGUAUGUACCUAUUAUUACAUUGCCGUGGCUGUAAGGAGCCAGCGUAGUUUCAAGGUGUUUAACGUUCGUAGUGUGUACGGGUACCAGUUAAAAGUUUUGUCUCGCUGGUGCCCAUAUUACCGAUACGUACAAUGUGAUGCACAUGCUUACCUGGUUCGAGUGGAAGUUUUUUAAGCAACUAGACUGGCUGUCACGUCAUUGAGGUGUGUUGCACAUUUUCACAUGUUUACAUUGUCAUAUGGCAUAGCCUUGCUUAAUUGUUACACACAGGCUUUCAUUAUUUUUCUAAAUUACUUCGGGAAAGUUUUAAAAACUGUUGAAUAAAAGAGUUAACAUGCAAGAAAUGCCAGCUUUAAAACGUUAUAGUAACGUGUGAAAUACAGUGAAGAUUAUAGAACUGUUGGUUUGAUAAUAGAUAAUGAAAUAGGUCGACGACAGUAUAUUAUUUAAUUGUAAUCGAAAGGAGAUAGAUAUAUAUCGAAAUCAUUGUACAUAAUGUAAUAUACGUGAAAUAAUACCUCUCAGAUAUAUUGUACGAAGCGUUUCGAAACCACAUAAGGAGAACUGGAAUAAAUUGAAGAUAUAAAAUAUGCUUUCAAA